CUACUCAAAGAAGGGGUGACUCUCUCUUCCUGAUCAUUAUCCGUUUUCCUAUUAUUACAGAACGCCUAUUUGUUCAAGUUGUAAGAUUACAAGUUUAUUGAUCAAGAAACUCUUUCAAAGAAGAAAAAAUGUUGGCAAUAUUUGAUAAAAAUGUGGCUAAAAGCCCAGAAGGAUUGAAAAGUCCUCAUACAGAUUCAUCAGUUUCUGCAGUGAAAGAUGGAUUACUGGUUAAACAUUUUUCAUCUGUUCAUCCUAGUUCUAUCAAUAUUAAUCUUGGUGGUGGUUCUGGUUCUAUGGCUUAUUCUACUGAUAAACAAAACCCUCUUCUUCCAAGGUUGUUUGCCGUUGUCGAUGACAUAUUCUGUUUGUUCCAAGGCCACAUUGAAAACAUUGCUACACUCAAGCAACAAUAUGGACUUAACAAGACUGCCAAUGAAGUGAUCAUCGUCAUAGAAGCUUACCGGACUUUGAGAGACAGAGGUCCUUACCCUGCUAACCAAGUUGUCAGAGAUUUGCAUGGAAAAUUUGCUUUUGUCCUCUUUGACAGCUCUAACAAAUCCACCUUCAUUGCUUGUGAUGCUGAUGGGAGCGUUCCAUUCUUCUGGGGAACUGAUUCUGAAGAGAAUGUUGUGCUAUCUGAUGAUGCCGAGGUUGUUAAGACGGCUUGUGGCAAAUCAUUUGCACCAUUCCCAAAAGCUUGUUUCUUCACAACCUCGGGAGGCUUAAGGAGUUUUGAACACCCACUGAAUGAGUUGAAGGCAAUGCCAAGGGUGGACAGUUCUGGUGAGGUUUGUGGAGCAACUUUCAAAGUUGAUGCUGAAUCAAAGAAGGAAGCUGGCAUGCCUAGAGUCGGGAGUGCUGCAAACUGGUCCUCACACUACUGAUCUUACAAGGCUGUGCUAUUAUUUUGCCGUCUCUCAGUAGUUACUUCUAAGUUGGAAGACAGUUUACUUCAAUUAUGGAUACAGACUUCUACGCUUAGUUACAGUAUGCUUUAAACUUUUAACAGUGACAUUGUACCUAAUGAAGUAUUUGAUGGCACUAGUUUUUUGCAACUCAUGUUAUUGAGUAUUGGUCUUGGUCCAUUGAAAACUAUUACAAUUAGCUGCAUUUUAUCAGACUCCGCAGCGUAAUGAUGUGGAAGAGUUCUUCCUUGUUCAAACUAUAUCUGAUUGCAUCAGAUUUUUCUUUUUCUUCAAUAAAUAUGUUUGAGCAUUUGAGUUUUAGUCUCAA